GACACAAUUGAACGAGUCACUAGAAAAAAAGGACUCGUGUGUCCCGAGUCACUAAAAAUAUUAUUUCAAAACGAUCGAAUCGUUCGCGAACUGCACAUCACUAGCUGAUGUAUCAACAGCCAGCAUCAAUUGAAAGAUUCUGUACGGAUGUGUUUUCGUUAACCAGGUUUAUGUUGCGGCACAGCAAUGACCUGUGCAACUAUAUCACUAUAACUAUUAGCAAGCCUCUAGAUAGCGUGCUACUGUUGAUAGCUAACAUGUCCGCCCAGCAAGCUCAACUUGCGACCUAAAGCGGUACUUCCUUAUUCUGUAGUAUUUCUUGAUCAGUGAACCAACGUUUCUUUCUAAAUAACGCCGACGUUAGGUAACAAAGGCUGAGUUGGCUAACGUUGCUACACAGUGAAUAUUUUCAAAAGUUUCGUAUAAUUUAUAUAUUUUGUAUUUUUCAUAAUUAGCACGUUAGCUAGCUAGUGCUUUUGCAAUGUAUAUAAAAAAGCUACCUGUACGCUAACGUUUUCUAGCCCGCGGUUCAGACACAAUGUGGUUUCGAUCAAGAAUAUUUUCUGCAGUUUGCGUGUAUUGUCAUCGAAGUUAUUCUUAUGUCAGUUAGCUAGUUACGUUUGUACAGGUUGAUUAAAUUGUCAUUUGAAUUACGGGUUGUCAGUAGUUAAUAUUGAGUAGUUGGGUAGCCGUCUUCAAAUGAAGAUUAUCUGUGCUGUCAAGAUGCACAUCACAGUUCUAUGCAGCCUAUUGCUUGUUGCUCAAGGGCAGAUGGAUAAUGACGAAUGGAUUGAUCCGUAUGAUAUGCUGAACUACGAUGCAAGUACCAAGACCAUGAGAAAGCCUUCUGAGAUCGUACCCAAGGGGCAAGCUGUCCCCCCACCUUACCAAGGACCUAAGGAUACUCAGAGCAAUUAUCCCAAUGUACCCACUAAAAGAAGGGAAUACAUCCAGGACUCUAAUCAAGUGGAAUUAAAGGAGUGUAACACUAGACUGGAAAACUUACAAAGAGUGAUUGAAGAUUACAAGCAGAAGAUGAAACAUAUUUCCCAGCAGCCUUCAUGCAACCCAGUGUUCAAGCGAUUCCUCACCAAGCUUUUGAAGGAGAUUGAAAAAGUUGGCAUGGCCAGUGAUUUCCUGAAUGAUAUGUACUACGAUGCCAAAGUGAAACUUUCUCGGCAAGCAUUGGCAGAGAUUCAGAAGCUUUUGAAGGGCAUGGAUAGCUGGAGAACAGGGGCUCUAGACGAUGCCCUGAGCCAGAUCCUGGUUGAACUCAAACCGCAUGACUAUGAGGCUUGGAGAUGGCACUUUGAGGACACGUUUGGUGUGGAGGUUAACACCAUCAUAAAGAUGUCAGUGUGUGUCAUAAUCAUUGUGGGCAUCAUCUGCACCGAGCUGUGGUCUACAGUAUCCUGGUUUGUCCAGUUCAAGCGAAUAUUUGCCAUCUGCUUUCUCAUCAGUCUGGUCUGGAAUUGGUUCUUUCUCUAUGAGAUUGCCUUUGCUGAACACCAAAACAAAAUGGUGAAGAUGGAGGGCGUUGAUGCGAAAUGCACUGGAAGAAAGAAAAUUGAUUGGUGGGAUAAUUUGAAGGAUUGGGGAAGAGUAACCUUUACUCUCCAGGAUGAUCCUUGUAAGAUGUACUACGAAGUCCUCAUGGUCAACCCCAUCCUUCUUGUACCCCCAACUAAGGCAAUCACUAUGACCAUCACCAACUUCUUCACUGAGCCUCUAAAGCACUUUGGCCAAGGGAUUAGCGAGUUCCUCAAAGCUCUCCUCAAGGACCUCCCAGUCACCCUGCAGAUCCCUGUGCUUAUCACCAUUGUGCUUUCCAUCCUGUUGUUUAUGUACGGUAGCGCGCAGGCGGCCAUCCUGCAUGGCAUUACCAGAACGAUGCCCAUCGGUGGGCCUAUGGACCACCCUCCUCCAGCUAUGGAACAACCCCAGCCCAGUCUGAGAGUGUUAGAACACGAUCCAAUGGCAGGGGGGGAUGCGUCUCAAGGUUCCCCUCCUCUGCUCCGAUACAGACCAGUACCAUCAGUCAAGCAGGAGGCUCAGGAUCUGGACAGGGCCUAUGUCCCUCCGAUGAGGAAUCUCCAGGAGCAUAUUAGGGUGAAUGUGGAGACCCUGAGGAAUGCUGAUCUGCCGUUAAGCGAGGAUGAGAUCGACUCAAAAAGACAGGAGAGUUUAUCCGACACACUGUUGCCGGAGGAUGGCUCCAAUGUGGAGGAUGCCAACACUCCAAGAGGAGAGGAUGCCGACACCCAGAUUCAGGAAGAACCAGUUUUCUCUGGUGCCAUAACUAGAGGCAAAGACUCUCAGGAAGCUAAUGCCUCUCAAUCAAAAUCCAGUGAGAGCAAUGUAGCAUGUGAAUCGAAGGCAGUGGCUGAUGGGCAGGCUAAGCAGAACGCCAUGAGGCAGCCCAUAUCUACUAUGCAAGGAAAUAAUAUGCCGGAGAAGUCAUCAGAAAAGAAGACUUCAUCCAUCUCAGGACAGCAUGUUCAAACUGUUGGCCUGCCUGUACCUGAGACUGAACCCACUUCUCUAGCACUGUAGGAAAUAUUAUUGUCAUUGAUGAACUGUGUUGCUUGCCUUCAGCACCAUAUAAAUCCAGAAGCUGUCGUAGUCAGGGCUUUUUAACAAUUCUCAAGCAAAUGACUGCCAUUCUGAAUGUAAUUAUUUCUUAAUAAACAUAACACAUUUAGUAUCUCAA